AACUGUGCGAGUGAAUGACAGCGUCAGUGUGUGUUGGGUGCCAGUGCCGGUCAGUGCCUCCCUCUCCCACGCUGAUACUGCCGCUUGUCACGGCCACCAGGCACUGCCACCUGUCACAGGCACCAGGCACUGCCACCUGUCACGAGCACCAGGCGCUGCCACCUGUCACGGGUCCCAGGCACUGCCACCUGUCAUAGGCCCAAGGCACUGCUCCUGUCACAGGCACCAGGCACUGCCACCUGUCACAGGCACCAGGCACUGCCACCUGUCACAGGCACCAGGCACUGCUACCUGUCACAGGCACCAGGCACUGCUACCUGUCACAGGCACCAGGCACUGCUACCUGUCACAGGCACCAGGCACUGCCACCUGUCACAGGCACCAGGCACUGCCACCUGUCACAGGCACCAGGCACUGCUACCUGUCACAGGCACUGCUACCUGUCACAGGCACCAGGCACUGCCACCUGUCACAGGCACCAGGCACUGCUACCUGUCACAGGCACUGUCUUAUGUAACAAGUGGCCAACAGUACCACUUGUCAUGUGUAGCAGUCACUGCCACUUGUCCCAGUGACAGGUAACUGUCAGUGCCAUGACAGUCACCAGGGACAGUGACUAAGACUCCUGCACCAGUCUGCACUUACGCUGUCACCAGUGACUCGGUAACACAAGACCGUGUCAGUACUACGGGAACGCUUCAAUAUCACAAUCAUACCAGAGUUCAACUAUGUAUCCCAGCAGCUUUAAAGUCUUGAACUUUAUUUUGAGGGAUACAGUCCAUCAUGGUAGAAGAGCUGUUUCCAGUAUUGGUCGUCCCACUCUCAGAAUCGAACAAUGCAGGAUUGGGUGUAGUUAUAGCCGGUAUCAGCAAGUUCGUUUAGUUCAGCUAUGUCAUAGACUGGCCACCCUUAAUCAGCCCCCAGGCACAAGCACAUCCUCAGAUGGUGAUGGAAGUGCUACAAAAAAAGCAGUCCCUGAUCCUCCAAGCCCUCCGUCAGCCACUUCCCGCUUUAAGGAAGCUGUUAUUAAAGUCAUUCCUCGUAAAAAAGAACGAGUAAAGUUUGAUACAUCUCAUCCAUCGACUGAACGGAACUUCAUAACUGCUAUCCGUGCAAUGUCAGAGUUUCUGUUAAAGCCGUCUGAUCUGGAAAAUCUUCGCAAGACCAAAAGACGCUCCCCUUUUGAAAAUGAACCUCCUAUCACUGUGUAUUGGAGAAAGGAUGUAGAGGCCAAAGCAAUACAAGUUUGGGGAAGUGUUGAAGCUCUGGAUCGAGAGAGAGUAAAGAGAGAAAAGGAAGUGAGACAAUAUCAACAAACAGAUAUCUUCAACAUCAAGAAAAUACUUAAGGAGUACCGUCGUGACCAGAGGACGGCAUCCAACCCUGUUCAGUCUGUAGGCAUGGACUCCUCCAGCAGGGUGGUGUGGGCAGCAGUAAUUAUUAAUGGAGCUAACUUUGUUAUGAAAUUAGGGGCGUGGGCUUUUACUGGAUCUCACUGUCUGUUCGCAGAAGCCUUGCAUUCUCUUGCUGAUGUUACCAAUCAGCUCAUCCUUGCCUAUGGUAUUCAUAAGUCAAAACAGAGUGCCGAUUUAAUUCAUCCGUAUGGCUAUACUACAAUGAGAUAUGUUUCUUCGUUAAUUUCUGGGGCUAUGAUAUUCUGUGUGGGUGCAGGUCUCUCCAUUCAACAUGGCAUCUCUGGGCUCUUUGGACCUUCAGAGGUGCUACCCCUUUACUGGGCUUUUUACAUCUUAGGAGGAUCUCUAAUAACAGAGGGUGGCACACUUCUCAUGGCAGUUCAUGCUAUUAAGAAAGGAGCAAAUGAUCAACAAAUGACUUUUGCAGAAUAUGUUUUCAGAGGUCAAGAUCCAAGUGUCAAUGUGGUGCUGCUGGAGGAUAUGGCAGCUGUGAUGGGUGUUGCAGUGGCCAUGGGAUGCAUGGGCCUCACCUCUGUUACUGGUUCCCACAUUCCUGAUGCCCUUGGGUCUUGUCUGAUUGGUGGGAUCCUGGCUGCAGUGUCAGGAUUUAUUGUUUAUACAAAUUCUGCAGCACUAGUGGGAAAAUCUAUCCCACAACAUCGUAUAGAAAAAAUAAAUGCUGAACUUGAGCGUGACGUUCUAAUUCGUGCCAUAUAUGACGUAAAAGGUAUUGACAUGGGGAGCGGACUUGUGCGAUAUAAGGCAGAAGUGGAUUUUGAUGGUCGAGAACUGACACGAGGAUAUCUGGACACACAAGAUUUAGAAGUUCUGCUAAAUGAAAUGCAGUCACUCAAAACAAUUGAUGAAGUAGAAGCAUUCAUGUUGAAACAUGGAGAGAACAUUGUUGACAGUCUUGGAGCUGAAGUGGACAGAAUAGAAACAAUACUUAAGAAAAGUCAUCCAGAGAUUCGACAUUGUGAUUUAGAAAUUUUAUAAGAAAGGAGAAGAGGUGGUCUGUGAUCUUCAGCUUUAACUAUCAAUAGAUUGUGGAAAUCUUGCAUGUAUAAUAUUUAUCGGCAUUAUUAUUGUGGAGAAACUUAUUACAAUGCCAUAGUGCUUGAAUGAAGGUGAAGAAAACCUCUAACACAUGUGUAAAUGUAUUAAAACCAAUUUUUUGGAUUCAAUCUACAUCUUUUCUCAAGGUGCUGUAACCAAUGGUCUGAAGAAGAGUAAGAGGAUGUGUUUAUAUGUCUGGCAGAGUGCCUCGUGUAGCAUGCAUCAUUAGACAUCAUUAUGCUCCCCAAUGCAUCUUGGGACACUUUGGCAUCUUGGUAAAUAAAACUAAAACAGUAAAGGGAAAUAAAACUUUUAGUAAGGCAGAUGUGAUUAACCGUAAAAUUAUUGUUAACAAAGGUAAAUUAACUAAUCUCAUUAAUUCAUAUAAGUACAGACCUUGUGGUGUUCAAAGUGGGGUUAAUGUUUCUGCAAAGACCUGCCCACAGUUACCAGAAAUGAGGACACGAGCUUUCAUCUGAAGCUUUGGCAUCCCUUGGCGAGUCCCAAGAUGCCAAAGAGUCCCAAGAUGCAUUGGGGAGCAUAAUGUCUAAUGAUGGAUGCCACACGAGGCACUCUGGCAGAUAUAUAAACACAACCUGAUAGAAUCUUCUUCAGAACAUUGGUUACAGCACUUUUCUCAAGGUGCUGUAAACACUUUUUGUAAAUGUCCCCAUGGCGCAAUAGUAAAGCACUCACCUGGCACUUCGCGAGCGCUUUGUCCUGGGUUCAUAUCUCAGCCGGGGAGUAUUGACUGGGUGUCAAUCAUUAACUGUAGCCUCUGUUCACCCAGCAGUGAAUGGGUACCUGGAUGUUAAACGAUUUUGCGGGUCAUAUUCCAGGGAAAAUUAGGAUUAAGGAUCUGCACAAAACACUAUGCGUGCUAGUAGCUUUACAAGAAUGUAGGAACUCUUGUAAAUAUAAAUUAAAAAAGAAAUGCAUACAAGAAAUUUUGGGUUGCAUCCAAAAGUUUUUGAUACAAUUACAAACAUAUUGGGUCUUUCCUUCAUCUUCAUUAUUAUGAUAAUAAAAAGACUGUCAUACUAGAUAGGUCAAAUAAAAUGACAUUACUGUACUACAAUAGAUAUGACAGGAAAACGAUAGUCAUGACCAUAUAAUUGUAGGUUCUCUUUGGAUUAGAAACUAGAGUCACUAUAGGUAUGGAUAUAAUUAAAGGUAUUUAAACUCGAUGCUAUAGUUUGGUACAUACACACAGAUUGGCAAGUACAGUCGUUUAUCUCAACACAGAUUGACAAGUAUACACGUGCAUGCAUUUCUUCUUAUACACCCACACAUAGUUUAACGUACAAGUAUUUAUUGAAACCUAAAUACAGUAUAUUUGAGACUUGUGUAAUGCCACAUUGUUAGACACGUGUGCUGAUUCCCUAGUGUAGUGCAACAUGUCAUGUUACUAGUGGACUAAGACAGCAGUCAUGUGCUUUAUGCUUGAGGUAAAAUGUGCAAGUAAGAAUAACACUUGGAACCAAACUGAGAAUAACAAAAUUAGACAAAGUAUUUAGAAAAAGUAUUUCAUGCAUCAAAAUCUAUUGCAAGGGAAACCCUAUAUUUGUAAUUUUUUGAUCUUAAUGCUAUUUAUGUUCAUAAAAUGUUAGUUGCCAAUAAAAUUCAUUAUGUAAAGUUAAAAAGUCUCUUAGGACUAUUGCUUAUUCUCCUGGCCUGUCUAAACAGUUCUUAAUGUACACCUAUAUUUUAAAUGCUUAGACGUCCACGUAUUGCAUUAAUCCAAUUUUUUCAGGUUUCAAUUAUUUUUAAAUCAUUUUACAAGAUUUGUUUGCCAUUUGAGUAUGUCACGAUGUACAAUCAGUGUACUGGAUUUAAGACCUUGUCUUAUUUCUAAUAUUUGUUUAGGGGAAAAGAAUUAAUAAGGGUGUUGAAGGAGUGUUCCAUUUAUAUAAGGGUUUCAAGUAACUGUUCUGUUGACCUGCAUUGGAUUUUUCUAUUCAGUACUGUAUUUGUGUAUAUCAAUUUUACAAUCUAUCCUCCUAAGUGAUAAAUCCUCCUAAAAUGAAUAUAUAAAUUAUAAAUGAUAUCCUCCUAAAAUGAAUUAAAAUGUAAUUCUUAUAGCAACUCCAUGGUGGAACAUACCAAGAUGUACUGUUACUCAAAUAAACUUAUAUUUUGUACUAUUAGUUUUAGAGAGUACAAGAAAAGAAGCCGAGAACAACAAGGCUUAAUAUUGCACAUGCAGUAUAUGAGUUACUAGGAAAAGGAUUGCUCGACAGGUUAGGUUAGGUUCUUCAGUUACAUUAAUAGACUGCCGUUUGGGGUAAUUCAGUAAUGUAGAACCUGAACUUUUGGGGUCCAGCACUACAUACUGUAUUGAUAUGUUGGAUCAAAUAGUUGCUUUAAGUACUGUACUACAGUAUCAUUUUAGGAGGAUGGACUGAAAUGUUAAGGAUGUUAUAAGUUUUUGCAUAAUUAUUUAUUAUUUGUUUCAUCUGGUCAUUGCAUUUUAAAUUUAGAUAUUUUGGAAAAUUUGCACACCUUGUCUGUCUUAAUUACAACUUUCAAUGAUACACUGCAAAAUAGUGCAUAUUUGCAUUUAAAAUGUGAUCAGCAAUGCAUUUUCUGUAGCUUGUAAGGUUUAAUACAUAAUCAUUAUUAAAACAUUAAUCAGAGGAGAUAAUGAUACAAAAUAUAUUAAAAAGUUAUAUAUAUUAAUAAGUUGUGGCACAGUGUUAAGAGUGUGAUGAUCAUUGCCACGUGUGAACCCACCUACACACUUCUUCUCCGCUGUUUAGCUGCCUUGGUCGUACUCUUACCUGUCACAUGUUGGUCAUUGUUAAAACAAAUAUAAUGUGUAAUUGAUGCGGUAGAAAUAGAUGAACUUAUUUUUAUGAGUAAAGAGCAAUAGAAUAUUAGUAUAUACAGUCUUUGAUUUGUUUUAAUGUAAUUUAUCAUAAUAUAUUUGGCAUCUAAAAAUGGAAAUGAUAUUUGUACUAUAUUUAAAUAUGAAAACUGAAAUUUUAGUCUAAAAAUGUAUAAGCUAUGAGUAUAUGCUUAAAUAUGUAUGGACAUACCUUGAAAUCAUUUAAUGAGUUAAGAUUUAGCACACACCUUUAAUUUCAUUUAGGUGAAAAGUCUGGACAUGGGUGUUUAUAUUUGGCACACAUUACUCUUCAUCAGAUAAAUUAUUCUUCCAGUAUUAUUGAAGUUAAUCUGGGUUAUCCUUGGCUGCUAUACUAUGGGAAGUUGGUCUGGGUUAUCCUUGGCUGCUGUACUGUGGAAGUUGGUCUGGGUUAUCCUUGGCUGCUAUACUAUGGGAAGUUAAUCUGGGUUAUCCUUGGCUGCUAUACUAUGGGAAGUUGGUCUGGAGUUAUCCUUGGCUGCUGUACUGUGGAAGUUGGUCUGGGUUAUCCUUGGCUGCUAUACUAUGGGAAGUUGGUCUGGGUUAUCCUUGGCUGCUGUACUGUGGAAGUUGGUCUGGGUUAUCCUUGGCUGCUGUACUGUGGGAGGUUGGUCUGGAGUUAUCCUUGGCUGCUGUACUGUGGGAAGCUGGUCUGGAGUUAUCCUUGGCUGCUGUACUGUGGGAAGUUGGUCUGGAGUUAUCCUUGGCUGCUGUACUGUGGGAAGUUGGUCUGGAGUUAUCCUUGGCUGCUGUACUGUGGAAGUUGGUCUUGGUUAUCCUUGGCUGCUGUACUGUGAAAGUUGGUCUUGGUUAUCCUUGGCUGCUGUACUGUGGAAGUUGGUCUUGGUUAUCCUUGGCUGCUGUACUGUGGAAGUUGGUCUUGGUUAUCCUUGGCUGCUGUACUGUGGAAGUUGGUCUUGGUUAUCCUUGGCUGCUGUACUGUGGAAGUUGGUCUGGGUUAUCCUUGGCUGCUGUACUGUGGAAGUUGGUCUGGGUUAUCCUUGGCUGCUGUACUGUGGAAGUUGGUCUUGGUUAUCCUUGGCUGCUGUACUGUGGGAAGUUGGUCUGGAGUUAUCCUUGGCUGCUGUACUGUGGGAAGCUGAUCUGGAUUAUCCUUGGCUGCUGUACUGUGGAAGUUGGUCUGUGUUAUCCUUGUUGCUGUACUGUGGGAAGCUGGUCUGGGUUAUCCUUGGCUGCUGUACUGUGGAAGUUGGUCUGGAGUUAUCCUUAGAAGCUAUCCUGUGGGAAGAAUUAACUUUGCUGUUAUUGAAAGAUGUCUUCCCACCCCAUGACAGGUGGGAACUGUUUGUAAUAAUGAUGAUGAUCAUAAUGACUAAUUAGCAGGUCAUUCUCCUCGAAUGCAUUCCUUUCUGCAUUUUUAUUCUAUUAUAGAUUUUUUGUCAAUGUUUUGUUAAUUCUCAUGCAAUUAAACUUUCAAGAGACUUUUCUUGUUAGCAACUUGAAGAUAGCAACUGAUGUUGCUAUCUUCCAGCAGUCAUAGGUGGGGACAAAAUAAUUUGAUGUCGGACAUAUUUCAGCUCGUUGACUCACAUCAUAAGGUGACAUUAACAAUUACCUGGGCUAGAAUAAAGAAAUUCACAGUAAAAGAUAAUUUGAAUAUUCUUUUUACUUUAACAUAUAAGGUUUCUCUCCUUUUUGGUUUUAAUAUAUUUUACAUGAAAAUAAACAAAUUGUUAUUUAUGUGAGUUAAGACCGAUCUGUGAUUCUGAGGAUCUCCUUGCCUCAUUAAUGUUUGUAUCACACCUUGUAUGUAUGUGCUUUACCUGAAUAAACAUUUGAAUUUGAAUGAGCAGACAAAAGUGUGAUCCUGGUCUCUGGUUGGCCUGCACUAGUUCAGAGGUCUGGUAACGUCUUAAAAUAUCUGUGGAGCCAGAGCUGUGUAUAUACGUGUCUGAACAAGGAAAUUUCUUUUUAAUUUUUUAUAAGGUCAAGAAAUCUAAUAAGCAUUUAUAAUCUAUGUACAGUAUAGGUAUUGAAUCUUGGGUUUAAUGUGUAGAUUAUGUAAUUUGUAGCACUCUGCAUUUUUUAUUAAUAGAAGUUUUCAUAAGAUUUUUUUUUUACUAAAUAUGCGAUUUAAUAAUACAGUAUUGGAAAGUAAUUCAAAUAUAUUCAAAUGAAAUAAUAAUAAUAAUAAUAAUAAUAAUAAUGCAUUAUGGCAGGACAGGCAGCCAGUUUAUACGUACAGUACGGGUAUAUGUUAGGCUUAUAUUUAGGUCCUUUCCCCCCCCCCCCCCGGGUCGAGUUACUGAUCCUCCCUGGGAUGCAGCCCCACAACGAGCUGACUAACUCCUGGGUACCUAUUUACUGGUAGGUAAAUGGGGCAUAUAGGUGAUAGGAAACAUGCACAACCAUUUCUGUCCUGUCCGGGGUUUGAACCCGGAAUUCUCGAUUCUGAGUUGAGAACGAAUCUGACUGUACUACCGAUACCCUUUACAGUACAUGUAUGUACCAGAGAUAGUACUUUGUGCUGAAAUAGUACAGAGUUUGGUAAAAUGUGUAGCUUGCUCUAAUAAUCAUACUGCAAUGAUUGCCAAAUUUCAACUUUACCUUUAUUCUAAAAUCUCUACAAAAAAUAAUGUAAUAAAUAAUUAGUAUUCACUAGCAGUGCAUUACAGUACUGUAUAUCCAUAUUUCAAGAUGGCUUAUUAAACUGUUACUAAAAUUAUUCUGCUUUUUAAUGCACAGUAUAUUUCUUGUCCAUAGUCCAUCACCUGAAACAUUUGUGGGACAAAAGUCAACAUUACAUGUAAGUUCUGGUUUAGAAGAGUACCCCCUUUGUGAUUGUAUUCUAUUUUUUAUUUCUGCCAUCAGCUUUCAGUAACUUGUCAGUGCCUCAUUGUAUUGACUUGAAACUUUGAAACCUUAGCCAAGAUGUUUGGUUGACGUUGAACACUGGGCCCAUAGCAAGGAAACCAGCAUUAAAUGUAAUGAAACACCAGUUUUUGGGUGAGCCCCGGAGGCUUAUACAGAAACAAGUUCUGUUCUCAAGAUCAAGAAUCUCAAGAUCAAAUUCAUGUAAUAUCUCAAACCCUGCAACAUUUUUAUAUGAUGACAAAAUUAUUAUAUGGUUUUAUAAGGCCAAGGAUAUUGAUGUUUCCUUAAAUUAUUACACUGUGUAACCCAAUGGUCAUUUGUGGGGUUGUGUGUAUGUGGAGAAGUUACAAUUGUAUUAACUUACAGUAUGAACAUGAAAUAUCAGUAAUUAUAGCAAUGUAAAGGAACAGUCUAAAAAGCAUGCAUAGUAUCAAAGAGUAUCAAGAUAAUGCAGUAAAUGCUGAAAAUGUUCUGGAAAGUUGUGGAGUGCAAAAGUCAAUAACCUGACCUUCCUCUUUUACCCACAAAUUCAUUUGAAUACACACACUUCAUCACUUUACCAUUAUCCAUUCAUAUUACAUGCCCAAAUAAUCUUAGUGUGCUUUCAUUGAUCUUCCAGUUUGUUGACUUUGACACUAUAUAUAUCUCUCCAUCUUUAAAUUCCUUUUUCUAAUCACUGAACACCAUAGGUGCUUCUCGGGUUCCCCAUUUCAUUUGCUCUAACAUCUAGCAUGUAAUAUUUAUACCACACAUUUCCUUGCAGCCAUUCAUAGAAGUCUGCACUAUCACCACUUCAUGCAGACCUCUGGCUGUAUUUUUUCCUAUGUUGUGUUUCCUAACCAGGGCAUCAUUGCCUCAACUUUGCACAUUGUUUACCUUACUGGCUGUACACUCAGUUUUGAUUGCCCACAAAUGUAUUUUAGGAAUCACACUUCCAAGGUAUGUAAAAUUAUUGACGACAUCCAACAUGUCACCAUUCGCCGUUAUUUCACACCAAAUUUUCUUCUUUCCACUACCAUUACUUUGCUUAUUUCUAUUUUCACUUUUUUCACUAAAUUUUCAGCUAGUUUACUUAGCCCUCCUUCAUUCUUUGCCAAAAGAAAAGUUAUCUGCAUACAUAAAUCUGGAAAAGAUCUUAAAGGCAAAUAGGGGGACCUUCGACAAGCUGCCGGCUUCCUGUCCUCGUCGAGGCCACUAGGGUUACUAGGGUUAGUGGCCCCUAGGUAAAUCGGGCAAAAAAUAAUCCUGUGACAUUUGUAUUCAUUAGAUUUACAUCACUCAUGGUCUCAAACAUACUGUAUAUAUACUGUACUGUAUGUCGAAUUAACAGGAUGACAUCAAACAUUUAUGAUAUAAACUUUCAUUAAUAACAAACCAGUGACUUAUUACAUAAUUAACUCUUACACCUGUACUACUAUCCACAUUGAAAGUUGUCACAGCACAUAGCAGACCUCGGUCAACUCCUUACUUGCUCAUAAUUCUGCAAAGUGACGAGUGCAGUUUUUUUAUGUUUUUUUAACACCAUGUAUAAUCACUAAUUUAUUGCUACCAACAACGUAUUUUAUAUUGACUUUUUUUAUGAAAUACUGUAGCAUUCACUGUGGUAUCACUUGUCUUAGUUCUGCAAACAUAUUCUAUACUUGUAAUAAGCCAUUUUAUGAUGGUAAUAAACAUGUUUUAUUAAAGGAACAUGUGUAAAUAGGAUAGGUACUCUCAAUAUCAUGUUAAAGUAGUUGCAUGUUGACUCUUGUCUACUGGAAAACUACUGAACAUGACUUGUGUUCUAUCUGUGUGUGUUUCCAUAUCUUGUAUUGCCUUCUUUUGAUGAUUACUUACUCCUCGGUUAAAUUACAAGUUUUGCUCUAACUUGCACGUUACAUUUGUAAUUUGAGGCUAAAUUUAGAAGUUAUGCAAAAUGUCAAAAGUUCUGUAGUUAAAGCAUCAAAGAUACAGAGAUGUAAAAUCUUGUCAUGGCAGUGAACUGACACCACAACAACGUACUCAUUCAAUUUACAAUACAUAUACUGUACUUGAAUACAGUUUACCAAAAGUGUAUCUGAGCUGGCAUGAGUUGUUAGUUUGAGAUUCUGAUUGAGUGUGGGAUAGUAUGACAGUGUUGGUUAGUAUGGGAUAGUAAUGUAUAGUAUGAGAUGGUAUUGGAUAGUAUGGGAUGGUAUUGGAUAAUAUGAAAUGGUAUUGGAUAGUAUGGGAUGGUAUUGGAUAGUAUGGGAUGGUAUUGGAUAGUAUGGGAUGGUAUUGGAUAGUAUGGGAUGGUAUUGGAUAGUAUUCGAUGGUAUUGGAUAGUAUGGGAUGGUAUUGGAUAGUAUUCGAUGGUAUUGGAUAAUAUGAAAUAAUAUUGGAUAGCAUGUGAUGGUGACAGGAAGCUGGUGGCUUGUCAAAGGUUCCUCCAUUGUACCUGAGGACUUUUUCCAACUGAAUUUUAAACGGAUGUCUUGGUAUUCAUGACUUCAGCAGGUGAAAAAGCAUUACAGUACCUGUUUUCUGUCCUACAUUGUACUCUCCUAAUUGUGCUUGCAGGGAUCGAGCUUCGGCUCUUAGGUCAGCUAGUAUUGUGGCUUGAGGCUGAAGCAGUUGUCCCUUGUUGGCAGUAGUUCUACUUCUAAUUGUUUACUGAUUUACCUAAGUUUUGUGAUAUAUAUACAGUGCCAAUAUUCUCUUACCACCAUAAUCAUAAAGCAUGCUUUAUUUUCCAUUGUAUAUCACCUUUAAAAGAGUAAAGGUAAAUGUCACUCUGCCAAAAAAUUUCAGUUUGAUUUAGAUUGCUGUACAUCUGUUUAGUCCAGUCAGUAUCUGUAAUGAUUUUUAUCAGUUACUACAAAUAAAGUUUCUAAUUUGGAUAAAAUGUACAUCUAUGUGCUAUGCUGUCAUUGAGACACUCAUGUAAUUAAACUAAACCAACAAUAAGUGUUAUUAUUUAUGAAUAAAGGGUUUGAUCUGA